AUAUUUAAGUGAGAAAUAAAAUAAAAUAAAAAAUGCGAUCUCCAACCCUACCUAUAUCCAACAAGCCCUCGCAUUCCUGAUUGGGACAGCCAUCCCUUUCAACCAUGGCUUCCGCUGCUUCCACACCCACGAUGCCACUCAUGGGAGGAGGGGAUGACCCAACUAGCAGUCUUCCUUUUUCUCCGUCCCUCGCGGAUGACAAAGCCUCAUCCCAAAAGCCCCUUCUACCGAGGGCCUUAACCCCCACCACCACGACUUGUUCUAGCUCCUAUCAACAGAGGAGGCGCCGGAUCGCCAGCGAAAACUCGCUGUCUUCACCCUCCGGCGGCGACGGACGCCGCCAGUCAUUUGGACGCGAUGUGGGGCACGUUGCGGCCGAGACGUUCUUGCUGACCCGGUUGACUUUGGAGCUCCUGAGAUAUCUUGGGGUAGGUUACAAAUGGAUUACAAGAUUUCUUGCACUUGGUUGUUACUCCUUGCUACUUUUCCCAGGUUUUCUUCAAGUAGGAUAUUACUAUUUCUUCUCCCCUCAGGUUCACAGAAGCAUAGUUUAUGGUGAUCAGCCCAGAAAUAGGCUGGAUCUGUAUCUACCCAAAAAUAGUGAAGGGCUGAAGCCAGUCAUUGCAUUUGUAACAGGUGGAGCCUGGAUUAUUGGUUACAAAGCAUGGGGUUGUCUUUUAGGACAACAGUUAUCAGAAAGAGACAUCAUUGUGGCAUGCAUAGAUUACAGGAAUUUCCCUCAGGGGACCAUGAGUGAUAUGGUAAAGGAUACUUCCCAAGGUAUCUCAUUUGUGUGCAACAAUAUUGCUGAAUAUGGAGGUGAUCCUGACAGGAUAUAUCUAAUGGGACAGUCAGCUGGUGCACAUAUUGGUGCUUGCACAAUCUUGGAUCAGGCAAUUAAAGAAUCUGGUGAAGGGGAGAGCACUUCUUGGAGUGUCUCCCAGAUAAAGGCUUAUUUUGGUUUAUCUGGAGGGUACAAUUUGCUUAAUCUAGUAGAUUACUUCCAUAGUCGGGGUCUGUACCGAUCCCUUUUUUUAAGCAUAAUGGGAGGGGAAGAAUCCCUGCAACAAUUCCCCGAAGUAAUGGUCCAGGACCCGAAUGUUAGAAAUGCCAUGAACCUCUUACCACCUAUUUUUUUAUUUCAUGGCACUGCAGAUUACUCCAUACCUUCGGGUGCCAGUAAGAAUUUUGCUGAAACACUUCUCAGAGUCGGAGUAAAAGCUGAAUACAUUUUGUAUGAAGGAAAGACUCAUACUGAUCUGUUUAUUCAGGACCCAAUGAGAGGGGGUAGAGAUCCGAUGUUUGAAGAUUUAUUAGCCAUCAUUCAUGCUGGUGAUGCGGAGGCCCUACACAAAGAUGAAGUGGCUCCUCCAAACAAACGCCUUCUACCUGAAUUUAUGUUGCAGUGGGCAAGCAGAGUCAGCCCAUUCUAACCACAUAUUAUAUUGUCGAUCCCUCAACUAACCUAAAAAGUACUUCAAAACCCAUAUUUUUGUUCAUUCGCCGUCUUACUGUACAUACGUCACAGUGAUGGUUAUAUUUCUUCU